AUGAAGCUCGCCCUUCUCUUCCUCAUCGCCGCCGCAUUUGCCGCCCCUGCCGCCCAGUCUGACGGCGAGGGUGGUGAUCCCGACGCCAAGCCCCUCCCCGCCGCUGACCCGAACAGCGACGUUGACAGACAGGAGAACCUCACCAUCGUCUGUCCCUACGAGGCUCGUCUCUUUGGCGAUACCAGCUGCCGCUGGUACUGCGGUAAAAACGGCUGGCCGUACUACAUGAACGGCCCAUGCUGCUGCGCCGGCUAG